AUGGUUAGGAAAAAGGCAAAAAGCAAGCGUAUAACAUUAUCAAAAAAAUACAAGAUCGAAAAAAAAGUCAAAGAACAUCACCGUAAAGAACGACGAGAAGCUAAAAAGAAUCCAAAACCGACAAAGUUAAGAAAAGACCCUGGCAUUCCGAAUCUAUGGCCUUUUAAAGAUAAGCUUCUACAUCAGAUAGAAGAACAGAAACGAAAAGUCGAAGAAGAGCGAAUUCGUCAAAAACAAGAUCGUCAUGAUCUUCAUAAUAAGAACCGUAACUUGAAUUUUAUGUCGUUAGCCAAAGAUGCCAAUAAACGUGACACAGCUUUCGCUGCCAAAGAAAUAUCCAAUGAUAAUAGUAUGGAUGAAACGUCCUCGACAAUGGUCGACGCGGUGGCAAUAGGACAGAAAGAUAAUUCACGUAAAGCUUAUUUCAAAGAAUUUAAAAAAGUGAUUGGGAAUGCGGAUGUGAUAUUGGAAGUUCUUGAUGCUCGUGAUCCGUUAGGAUGCCGAACCAAGCAAAUUGAACGAAUGGUUAUUGAUAGUGGACUGAAUAAGAGGAUAAUUCUUAUUUUGAAUAAAAUUGAUCUUGUACCUAGGGAAAACACGAUACAAUGGCUGAGUUAUCUACGCAAUGAAUAUCCUACAAUCGCUUUUAAAUCAUCCACGCAAAAUCAACGCGGGAAUCUCGGUCAUUUAUCUGGCUCGUCAACUAGUGUACCUGAGAAUAUUCUUCAUAGUAAUGAAUGCUUAGGAGCUGACACGUUAAUUAAACUACUUAAGAAUUAUUGUCGUAAUGCAAAUAUCAAAACUUCAAUUACUGUCGGAGUGAUAGGAUAUCCAAACGUGGGCAAAUCUUCCGUGAUUAAUUCUCUUAAGAGGUCGAAAGUUUGUGGUGUUGGUGCGGCGCCUGGUUUUACAAAAACUGCACAGGAAAUUCAUUUAGAUAAAAAUAUAAAACUUUUGGAUUGUCCUGGAAUUGUAUUUAGUCGUGCACAAUGGGGUGAUAAUUAUGCAGAAAUUUUAUUGAGGAAUUGUGUUAAAAUAGAAUUGUUGGAUGAUCCUAUUAAGCCUGUCGACAUGAUAGUGUCACGCUGUAAUCGAGAACAACUAGCCAAGAAAUAUGACAUCACAAUGUUCAAUGACACCAACGAUUUUCUUAUACUUGUUGCACGGCAACGUGGUAGACUUAAGAAGGGCGGAAUCCCUGAUUUGAAAGCUGCAGCUAAAUCCGUUCUUCAAGAUUGGAAUUCUGGAAAGAUCCCGUUUUAUACAAGUCCUCCAGCUGAAUUCAAAAAAUUUUCCGAUAAUAGUGAGAUAGUUUCAUCGUGGGGUAAAGAGUUUAACGUGGAUGAGUUAACCACUGAGGAUAAGACAAUUUUGGAAUCGAUAAAAGAUAAGGGCGAAUUUGGUUCUUCAGCUUUAGCCAUGGCAGGACGAGAACUUCCCGAGGCUGAAAUGGACAUUUUCGAUGACGACCAAGAAACUGAGGAAGAGACUGACAGUAUGAUUAUGGAAGAUGAUGAUGCACCACAAGCGGUUCCUAUCCGCCAAGAGCACCAACCUUCUGCGCCAAUUGUUUUGCCGAUUAAAUCUUCAACAGUCACAUUCGCCACAAAUAUCAAAUCAAAAACUCAACAAAUAUUAUCCCCUUUAGAGAUCGAAUUGAAUCCACAACACGGAAAAAAAUUAAAACAAGCAGCAAAAUUAGCUCGAAAAAAUAAAAAGAAAGCAGCUGCAGUAGCCAUAUCGAAUAUUUUUGACGAGGAAAUGGCAGAAACGACUGAUAAUGCUAUUAAUAACGAUGACUAUGAUUUUAGUCAAUAUUUUCAAAAAUAG